GGCAGCCCCUUGUUCCUCAGAGAGAUCCAGGGACUGCGGUGGGGAACGCAGGGUGGCAGAGGUGGUGGAAAAACGGGCUCCGUUUGGACGUACAGCAAAGCUGCUGGUCAUGAAGCUGCAGUGAGAGGGAAGACAGAAGGACUUUGGACACGUGUUUUUUUGGGAGGAAUUUGCAUUGGAUUUGGACAGCUAGACUCAAGUGCCUUAUUUUAUUUUAUUUUUAUUUUUGUCUGCGCUUUUCUGAGCGGGAGCAGCCAACAUGGAGGGUGUCUUGAACGAAGAGGAGCUGAAGAGGAAGCAGAAAGAGAAGAUGAAGAAGCUUCAGGCCACGGGGGGAAACCCACGGCCCGCCCGCUCCCUCUUCUUUUUCACGCUGAAGAACCCCCUGCGCAAGGCCUGCAUCAACAUCGUGGAGUGGAAGCCGUUUGAGGUUAUCAUCCUGCUGACUAUCCUGGCUAACUGUAUUUCCCUGGCCAUCUUCCUGCCCUUGUCCGAAGAGGACGAAAACAACGGCAACUCCACCUUAAUGACUCUGGAAUACAUCUUUCUGUUCAUCUUCACUGUGGAGUGCUUUUCAAAGAUAGUGGCAUAUGGAUUCCUACUCCAUGAAGGGGCGUAUUUACGAAAUGCCUGGAAUAUUUUGGACUUUGUCAUUGUCUUUAUGGGAAUCUUCACUAUCUUUGUGGACUCCAUCAACAAAAUGGGUGGGCAUCCAGUGGAGAAGGGAGGAGGGUUUGACAUAAAAGCCUUGAGAGCCUUCAGAGUCCUGCGACCCCUUCGCCUCAUCACUGGCGUCCCCAGUCUGCAGGUGGUGAUGAGCUCCAUCAUCUAUGCCAUGCUGCCCCUAUUCCACGUGGCCCUGCUGGUCUUCCUUGUGGUCACCAUCUACGCCAUCAUGGGCCUGGAGCUUUUCAAGUGCAAGAUGCAUAAGACCUGCUACUAUACAGGAACAGACAUCUACGGGAUUGUGGAGAAUGAUGUGCCCGCCCCGUGUGCCCAGGCUGGCCACGGGCGCCGCUGCCUCAUCAACGGGACAGAGUGCCGCGGAGGCUGGCCCGGGCCUAACAAUGGCAUCACUCACUUUGACAACCUUGGCUUUGCCAUGCUCACAGUCUUCCAGUGCAUCACCACUGAGAGUUGGACUAAUGUUCUCUAUUGGGUGAAUGACGCCAUUGGCAAAGACUGGGCCUGGAUUUAUUUUGUGAGUCUCAUUUUGCUCGGCUCAUUCUUCAUGCUGAACCUUGUUCUGGGAGUCCUGAGCGGGGAGUUCUCCAAAGAACGUGAAAAGGCCAGAUCCAGGGGAGAGUUCCAGAAACUGAGAGAGCGACAGCAGCUAGACGAUGACUUAAAGGGUUACAUGGAGUGGAUCACUCAGGCAGAGAUCAUGGACUGCGGGGAGGGGAAAGCACUGCUUCCACUGAAUGAGAACUCAGAGUCAGACAGCCUGUUUAACAUAAAAGGAAUGACUCAACUAGUCUACUUGUAUCAUGCGGCACGCCGCUGGCACCGGGUUCUGCGGCAGAAAUGCAUCAUCUGUGUGAAGACCAAGAUCUUUACCCGAUUAGUCAUCCUCACCGUCCUCCUGAACACACUGGCCAUCGCCACGGAACAUCACCACCAGUCGGACACACUCACACUGUUGCAAGAUGUUGCCAACAGAAUCCUAUUGACACUGUUUGCCAUUGAGAUGGUCAUGAAGAUGUAUGCCUUUGGCCUGCGGGCCUAUUUUAUGUCCAUCCUCAACCGCUUCGACUGCUUUGUGGUGGUGGUUGGCAUUCUGGAGAUCAUUCUAGUGACGGCUGGGGUCAUGACCCCUCUGGGCAUCUCGGUGAUGAGGAGCAUGCGACUGCUGCGCAUCUUUAAACUCACAAAGCAUUGGACAUCCCUCAGCAACCUCAUAGCGUCCCUAUUGAACUCUGUGCGCUCGAUUGCCUGCCUCCUCCUGCUCCUCUUCCUCUUCAUCGUCAUCUUCGCACUCUUGGGUAUGCAGGUGUUUGGGGGCAAGUUCAACUUCCCCGACGGGGUGGUGCGGCGGAGCAACUUCAACAACUUUGGUCAAGCCCUGAUCAGUGUUUUCCAGGUCCUGACAGGAGAGGAUUGGGACGCCAUUAUGUACGAUGGUGUAAUGUCUCACGGAGGGCCAACUUUUCCCGGGAUCCUCGUCAGCAUUUACUUUGUUAUUCUUUACGUCCUCGGGAACUUUAUCCUUUUGAACGUCUUCCUUGCCAUUGCUGUGGACAACCUCACAGAGGCAGAGAGCCUAACAUCAGCUCAGAAGGAGAAGGAAGAGGAGAAGAUGCGCAAGAAGCUACAAAAACCGACUCUGACAGACAGGAGCGAGGAUAGAGAGGCGGCUUUGGCCAGGAAACUGGCUGAGCAGCGGGCCAAGGCAGCCGAGGGAAUGCUAACCACAGCUAAGAUGAAAGUAGAUGAAUUUGAAUCGAAUGUGAAUGAAGUGAAGGACCCCUUCCCCACUGCUGACUUCCCAGGUGAUGACGAGGAGGAGGAGCCAGAGAUCCCAGAGAGCCCGAGGCCCAGACCCAUGGCCGACCUGCAGCUCAAAGAGGAGGCCGUUCCCCUGCCCCAAGCCAGCUCCUUCUACAUUUUUGCGCCGGAUAACAAGUUUCGUAAGCUCUGCUUCCUGAUCAUCAACCACACCAAGUUCACCAACCUCAUCCUGCUCUUCAUCCUCCUCAGCAGUAUCUCCCUGGCUGCUGAAGACCCCAUUGAUCCUAAAUCCUUCAGGAAUAAGAUCCUGGCCUAUGCUGAUAUCGUCUUCACCACUGUUUUUACCAUUGAGAUCAUUCUCAAGAUGACUGUUUAUGGCGCAUUUCUGCAUGAGGGGUCUUUCUGCAGAAACUCCUUCAACAUCUUGGAUCUGGUUGUUGUGAUAGUUUCCCUCUUGUCUUUUGGAUUGGAGUCCAGUGCCAUCUCUGUGGUGAAGAUUCUCAGGGUGUUGAGGAUACUUCGACCGUUACGAGCUUUAAACAGAGCCAAAGGGUUAAAGCACGUCAUCCAGUGUGUCUUUGUUGCUGUCAAAAGUAUUGGCAACAUUAUUCUAGUCACACUGGUACUAGACUUCAUGUUUGCCUGCAUAGGCGUACAACUUUUUAAGGGGAAAUUCUACACCUGCACCGACCCCACCAAACUAACUGAAGCAGAGUGUCAGGGGACCUUUGAAAAGCAAUUGCAGAAUUCUCUGUUUGACACUGAGGUCAGACCACGCGAGUGGGUCAACAAUGAUUACAACUUUGACAACAUUUUCAAUGCCAUGUUGGCUCUCUUCACUGUGUCUACACUUGAGGGCUGGCCAGAGUUGCUGUACAAAGCCAUCGACUCUGACAAAGAGAACAUGGGUCCUGUUUUUAACAACCGCGUGGAUAUCUCCAUAUUCUUCAUCAUCUACAUCAUCCUGAUUGCCUUCUUCAUGAUGAACAUUUUUGUGGGUUUUGUCAUCGUCACCUUCAGAACACAAGGAGAAGAUGAAUAUCAGGACUGUGAGCUGGACAAAAACCAGCGUCAAUGUGUGCAGUAUGCUCUGAAAGCUCGACCUCUCAGAUGCUACAUUCCCAAGAACCCCUACCAGUAUAAGUUCUGGUACUUGGUGACUUCGUGUUACUUUGAGUACCUCAUGUUCUUCCUCAUCAUGCUGAACACACUAUGUCUGGGGAUACAGCAUUGUAACCAGUCAGACAAUGUAACCAAGCUCGCAGAUACACUGAACAUCAUCUUCACAGUCCUCUUCACAUUGGAGAUGGUUGUAAAGAUGAUUGCCUUCAAAAUAAAGGGUUACUUUGGAGACCCCUGGAAUGUCUUUGACUUCCUCAUCGUCGUUGGCAGUAUUGUUGAUGUGGUGUUGAGUGAAGUGGACGCGGCACUUGCUUCCAGUGGUGGACUGUACUGCAUUCAGGGUUGUGCUGAAACCAACCCACUGCAAGCCAUUGCAGAUGCAGAAAAUGCCCGUGUUACCAUCACAUUCUUCCGACUGUUCCGUGUCAUGCGUCUGAUAAAACUCCUUCAUCGAUCAGAGGGCAUACGGAACCUACUGUGGACAUUCAUCAAGUCUUUUCAGACCUUCCCUCACGUGGCUCUCCUCAUCAUCAUGCUGUUCUUCAUCUACUCCGUCGUAGGGAUGUCGAUAUUCGGCAAGAUAGCGUUAGUGGACGGCACAGAGGUCAACCGAAACAACCACUUCCAGACAUUCCCCAGCGCCAUCCUGAUUCUAUUCCGGUGUGCCACAGGUGAGGGGUGGCACAGGAUCAUGCUGGCCUGCUUGAGUGGGAAGCUGUGUGACCCCAGAGCUGGAGUGCACCCUGGGGAGGAGUACACGUGUGGGUCCAACUUUGCCAUCUUCUACUUCCUCAGCUUCUACAUGCUGUGCGCCUUCCUGGUCAUCAACCUGUUUGUGGCAGUCAUUAUGGACAAUUUUGACUACCUGACGCGUGACUGGUCCAUCCUGGGCUCACACCACCUGGACGAGUUCAAGAAGAUCUGGGCGGAGUAUGACCCAGAGGCCACGGGCCGAAUCAAACACCUGGAUGUUGUAACCCUUCUGCGGAGAAUCCAGCCGCCAUUGGGCUUUGGUAAAUUCUGCCCUCAUCGGGCAGCAUGUAAGCGCUUGAUUGGUAUGAACAUGCCACUGAACAGCGAUGGAACGGUCACCUUCAACGCAACCUUGUUCGCCCUUGUCAGAACAGCCCUCUAUAUUAAAACGGAAGGUAACUUUGAACAAGCCAAUGAGGAGUUGAGAGCCAUCAUCAAGAAGAUUUGGAAACGUACCAGUAUGAAGUUGCUGGACCAGGUGAUUCCGCCCAUGGGAGAUGAUGAGGUGACCGUUGGAAAGUUCUACGCCACCUUCCUUCUCCAGGAGCAUUUCCGCAAGUUCAUGAAACAACAAGAAGAGCUGUAUGGCUACCGCCCAAGCAAGAGGAGUGCAUCUGAAAUACAGGCUGGCCUGCGCAGCAUUGAUGAGGAGAUGGGCGGAGACCUGCACCGGGCCAUCUCAGGAGACCUCAUCGCUGAGGAUGAGAUGGAGCGAGCCGCCGACGCUGGAGAGGAGGGCAUCUACAGGCGAACUGGAGGUCUGUUUGGGCACAACUCGGAGCCAGGAGAGGCCAGCAGUCCCACCAAUGCUCAGAUGACCAACCAGAGGCCUCUGCAGUUCUCUGAGAGCCGCCCAGACGAGACAGACGAGACCCCACCACCCUCGGCCUUCACCACCACUUCCGAGUUCUUCCCAAUCGCUCCACCAAGAUCCAACACCAACAACAACGCUGCCAAUUUUGCCAGAGGAUUAGUGUAUGAGAGCGAACUACCAUUUGAGGAGAUGAAAGACUAUACCUCUCAAGAUGUACGGAACAGUACACAAGUAGAUGAAUUUGUGAGAGAGGAAUCACUCACGAGGGCCAGUCAGAUGAGACGCUUGUCAGACUUCCCCGUCAGAACAGACAUCACCCAGUUCCCUGUUUAUGGGUCCCAGUCUCAGGAUGAGCGCAGCCCUGCUACUGACCAGCUGAUCCAGGAGACUCUGAAAAACAGUGGUCUAGAGACCCAUGCGAGAGAUCCAGCGUAUGUGGCCGCGACCAGACAGGAAAUAUCCGACACGCUGCAGAUGGACGUAGCGGAGAUAGAGGGCGCCGCUCAGGGGAUCCUCAACGGGCGCAGCGGGCGUACGACGAGGCGUAAGCGUCGCCCCAUCCCUGUGCCCCCCUCCAUGCCCACCCAGCCCCAGGAGCCUGCUGAGGCCACUAGUCAGUUGUAGGCCAGCGCCACACAUGACAUGAGGUCAGAGGUCAUCUUGGGGGAUGAGACUUUAUACUGCAGGUAACAUCAGUGCAAUACAAAUCCUGUUUUGUGCUUUGAGUACUGAAACCCACAAGUUAAUAGCUAGGCAGAGGUGCUUGAGGUUGUAACUGUGGUUGUUUAGCCAAGGCCAAGGAGACACAUUUUUUUUGAUUGAGUAAUAUUUCUAAAAAUCUACUCAUUCAACACUAAUAAAGCCAUAUUAACAGGACACAUGUUGAACAUCUUUUCUUGUGUUUCUAAUUUUGUCCAUUCUGCUGAGUGGAGAAAGACCUUGAAUGAACAGCCUUGUAAAGGUAUUCUCUUGAGCUUGGGCCAGGUUUGUUGGUGUGUUACCUUUAACUGUGGGAAGGGGGAAAGACCUGAAAGAACUGUGAUCCUGAAGAUGGCAACGACCAGUGCAAGUGCUGUGAUGACAUUGUGAGGUUUUGUAUGGAUGUCUGGAAUCACAACCUCAAAGACUUCAGAUCCAGAGCAUUUCCUUUCCCUUGAGAAGGUGCCUGAGAGCCUAAUGUCCGUGACCACUUUACAUCUCCCUGAGAAAGACUGGAUGCUGUCUUAAAGACCACCUCCAGUGACCUUUUAACCUUGGUAAUGUGUCCAUACGGUAUUUAUUUUUUGUAUGAUAUACUGUACAGCAUAUGGAGAACAAAAUAAGCAGUCAAACCCAUGGCUGAGUAUUCCCACCUGUACUGCACCUGAACUGCAAUGACACAAUGACAGUCUGGUAUCUUACAGCCUGGGUCUCCACAACACUAAAGGCCAACACCCACUGGCUGUGUCUGACACACGUCAUGAAACACCUACGUUUAGAAAUCCAUUACUUUUAAUGGAGCAAAGCACUGAUGCUCGUCAACGCCAACGUUUAGAAAACGCCAGUGGGCAUUGGCCUUGAGGAACUCUCAUCAUAUUGUAUGUGACGAGCUGGGAGUGAGAUUGUACAGUAAGAGAAGGGGCUGCAGAAUACUACAGUAAAUGACUAGUGGCGUCAUUAUAUCAAAGCCGAUCUGUAGCCAUGACAUUUUUUUCAUGGAAUAAGGCCCUGGGUCCACCAAUCGCGUUUUUUUGGGCUGACAGCGCCCUCAACCUCCUUUUCUCAUCGCUUCAGUCAGCGCUCUCAGCACUUGUUGCGAGGUUACGAGGUUUUCCCCUCUUCAAUUUUGAUUGGUCGUCGAGAGAGCAGUGACAUUGGCGAGCCCAGCGCUCUUCUAAAAGUUGAACAGAUUUCAAGUUUCAGCACUCUGGGCACUGUGGGAAAAAACGGUCAGCGCCCAGGGAGUGGGGAGUUUCACUGAGUGCUGGGAAUGCUGAACUUCAUAGAAUUUGUAUUGAAAACAGACGCUGUUGGCACAAAAAAGUGAUUGGUGGACACAGGCCUUAAAACCUCUAAAUGCUAUUUAGAAUGAGGUACAGAGCGUUUUAAGGGAAUUUUAAAGGGUUAAUCAAUGCCUGGAGUGGGUCUUCAUUGGUUUAUUUUUUAUACUUUUACUUUUUUGAUGUAUCUAAGCAACAAAUCCUUCACGGCAUGUCUGUCUCUGACAUGUCACUUUUAUUUUUAAGGAGGAUUUGAAAUCUGUUUGUCAAUACUUUACUGUAUUUUCUGUAUUUUAAGGAACAAAAUUCCUCACUGAAUGCCCACAUUUUUGACCAGUGGCACUUUUUAUGAGGGAUUUGAAAUGUGUUCAUCAUGUUUCAAUACUUCUUACUUUUUUAAAAAAAAAUCUUAAGAUGAUGUCACUUGUUCAAGAAAUAUUGUGUAGAUGUGGAAGACAAUUAUGGUGCCUUGGUCAGAUGUUAACAAGAUGCAUAUUUAUUUUUAUCCAAAAAAUACUUUUAGUCUGACAAGCUUGACUUUUGAUGUUAGUUCCCAAUCUGAAGUAAAUUGUUGAAACCGAUUUUUGUGGGGCGGUUUCAAAGAACACCUCUGCAACACUUGUGCAUUACUUUCACAAAAUGUUGGUAUGGCAUAACUCAAAUGUUAUUUUUAUUCACAUUGUUAUGUUACUCUGUUACAAACUUUAUUUAUGUAUUUAUCUGUGAAGGACCUCAAGUCCAGAUCUGUCGUAUACUAGAGAGACAGACAGACUAUUGUUUGUGCUAGAACAUGCAUAGAUGUAUUGUUGUACGCACAGUGCACAUGUCUACAGCAUACCUGGAGUAUGGUGGAUGUGGAGAAGUUCAUCCAGUUCACAAGAGAUCUACUGGUUUUGUUAAAUGGUCAUAUUUGGCACUUUACAUGUGGAUGUGAAGGGUUGGAAGGGUUGUUUUUUGAGGUACAGUAACUGCACAUACAGUACAUCACUCACAGAGGUCUUAAGACUGUCUUUUUAAAAAAAUAUAUAUACUGUAUGUGCUUACUGUAUUUGUCUUUUUUUCUGUGGAUGUUAUGGCAAAGCUGAAAAGCUUUCUUUUUCCUCUUAAGUAACCUCCCCUUUUACCACUUUCUUUUCUUGAAUUAAAGGAGUAAAACUGUAUGUUAAGUACUGAUGCCUAAUUAUGAUGAUUGCUCUGAUCAUUGUGGUUAUUUUAUGGUAUUAUUUCAUUACUGAGUUUGAAGUAAUAAAGCUAAUUUCCACCACCAAAUAUAAACCAUACAUCAUUUUUAAAGACAACUAGUAGAAAAUAUGAAAUAUGUUCCACGAUGUUCAAAAGUAUUGCAAACAGUACAUAUUGGUUUGAAUUCUUUAGCACUGAAGUAAAAAUGGCUUUGAUACUAGCCAGGUGAGUAAUACUCAAUGUGUUAUGCCAGAUAAAGACAGAGAUGCAUAAAUGAUUUGUAUUUAUAGUAAAAUUGCAAAGAUUGCUAAAGUUCCAAAGCUUAGUGUUUGUAAAACAUUAAUUGAACUAUUCAUUAAAAUAAAUUGCCACACUUUGACAUGCAUGUUUUGC